AAUCGCUAAUUGGGGAAAAUAUCACAAUCGUUGUCCCCAGUCAGCUCCGUCACAAUGGAAGAUAAAGAACGUACGAAAAUUUAUUCAAAAACGCGAAAAAGCCACCCGAAGGAGCGAACAAAUUGCAUUUUUCACUUUCUGUUCUGUUGGGAACUUCCGAUUGUGAUCAAAGGAUGGAAGAAAGACUUAAGCGAAGACGACCUUUACAGCCCUUUGAAGGAAAUCGACUCGAAAAUGUUGGGAGAUAAGUUGGAACAGUUCUGGUUCGAGGAGGAAAAUUUCCAGAAAAAACCGUCACUAGCUCGGGCUAUUAGGCGAUUAUUUGGCUGGGAAAUUGCAAAAUUUGGCAUUUUGUAUUUUCCGGUUGACUUGGCUGUGGUUCUUUGUCAGCCACAUUUUUUGAUCAAUCUCUUAAAUUAUUACACGCCAAAGCAGACAAACACAACACUAAAAGAAGCACUUUUGUACGCUUUAGCCAUCGUUUUAUUGUCGUUACUUCGCGUCCUCUUCUUCCACUUCUUCGUCAUGUCUUUAUCCAUCGUCGGACUUAAAGCCCGAAUCGCCUGUUCGUCCCUAAUCUACCGAAAAUCGCUGACACUGAAGAAAACCACUUUCCAAAAAAUCACCACCGGACAAAUCGUCAAUUUGCUGUCGAACGACGUGUACAGACUGGACUACGUCUUCGCCUACAUGCACUUUAUCUGGAUCAGUCCUUUGGAGACAAUCCUCGCGGGACUUUACCUGGAUUAUGCUCUAGGUCACACGGCUUUGGCCGGAAUUGCAGUUAUUGUCUCGUGUCUUUUGCUGCAAGCUUACAUGUCCAGACAAAUCUCCAUUUGUCGUAAAAAUGUUGCCGUUAAAACCGACUACAGAAUUCGGCUUAUGAACGACAUUGUUUCCGGAAUUCAAGCGAUUAAAAUGUUCACGUGGGAAAAUUCAUUUGCCAAGCUGAUUGAAGCGGCCAGAAAAAUUGAGUUGUCCAAAGUCCGAAAAUCUCUCCAAUACCGCGUGGUCAACAACAGCCUCCGCUUACUCUUCACCAAAAUCGCCGUCUACUUAUGCCUCCUAAUAAUGUUCCUAACUGGCCGUUCCCUCACAUCCCAAUUCGUCUUCGGCCUAAUCAACAUUUACGAAUACUUAAAAAUCUCAACCAUCAUUCUAAUGCCACUCGGAGUCACCCUUUUUUCCGAAGCCCGCAUCUCAAUCCUCCGAAUCCAAAACUUCCUUCUCACCGAAUACGAGCAAACGCCCACAAUCACCAAAAAACACAUCCCGCAAGUACACUUAAUCAAGUCACAAAGCGACCUUGAAAAAACCUUCAUCGGCGUGCGUUUAACUAACGCCAGCUUCAGCUGGUCACCAAAUUACGAAUUACUGAAAAACGUAAACUUCGUCGCAACUUCAGGCCAAGUCAUUGGCAUCAUUGGAAGUGCAGGUUGCGGCAAAACCACCUUCCUUAACUUAAUUCUAGGCGAACUGGACUUGAAAAAAGGCGCAAUUGACGUAACCGGAGCCGUCUCAUACGCCUCCCAAGACCCCUGGAUUUUUCCGGGCAGCAUCAAGCAAAACAUCCUGUUCGGCGAGGAAAUGGACCCGGAAAAGUACCAGCAAGUGGUCAAAGUGUGCGCACUCGAGCGCGACUUUUCCCUUUUCCCCUUUGGCGAUAACACGUUCGUUGGCGAACGCGGAGUUAUGUUAAGCGGGGGCCAAAAAGCCCGGAUUAAUUUAGCCAGGGCUGUGUACAGAAACGCCCAAAUCUACCUCCUGGACGACCCCUUAUCAGCUGUAGACUCACACGUGGCUUCCACAAUUUACAACGACUGUAUUCUCGGUUAUUUGGCCCAAAAAUGCGUGAUUUUGGUGACACACCAAGUCCACUUCUUGAAAAACGCCACCAAAAUUUACCUAAUACGUGAGAAAACUUUCCACGAUUUUAGCAACGAAAUUGACUCAAUUGCCGCGAGGAGCGACACUCCCGGAGUCCAGGAAAUGAAAAGUUACGACCUCCCGCUCGAAAUCAAGGAACACCGGAGCUCCGGAACCACCACGACCCGGAUUUACCGGAGCUACACCAAAGCGGCCGGAAACGCACUCGUUAGUCUACUCAUUCUAGUUUUACUGAUCCUGAGCCAAGCUUUGGCCAACACUGUUGAAUAUUUCGUGGCGUUUCUUGUAAACAUGGCCCAGGAGAAGAGUUUUCACUCCGAACUGCGCAAAUUUUUCACACGCACUAAUAGUAUUUACGUGUACACGGGUCUGGUUGUGGUUUUCGUGACAAUGACCUACACUGCUUUGACUUGUUUGACGCAUUAUUGCCUCAAAGCGGCCAGGAACUUGCACAAUGCCAUGCUCAGAAAUGUGGUACAUGGACCCAUGGAAUUUUUCAAUCAUCACACUUCUGGGCGGAUUAUUAACAGGUUUUCGAAGGAUAUGGGUUGUGUGGACGAACAAAUCCCGCUUAAUUUGAUCCUGGGUGUGACCAUGGGCUUGCUGCUGUUGGGGAUCACCAUAACUAUAUCCAUCCUGAACUAUUGGAUGAUAAUCCCAACUAUAAUCCUAGUGGUGAUUAUCAGUUUCUACGGGAUUUUGUUCCAACCGACUAACAACAAUGUGAAACGAACGGAGUCAAUUACUAAAAGCUCGGUUUUUACGCAUACGAUGGCUUCGCUUCAGGGUUUGACGACGAUUCGGGCCUUUGGUGGCGAGAAAAUCCUAGAGCGCGAGUUUGAUAAUCAUUUGAAUUUGUACAGUUCGGCCUUUUAUAUGUUGACAGCGAUGUAUUCGACUUUGACUUUUUGGACGGAUUUUACGUGUGUUCUUUAUACUGGGUUAGUGAUCUUCAGUUUCUUCGCUUUUGGCUCGAAAAUGUGGGUUGGCUACAUCGGCUUGGCCAUAACCCAGUCCACCUCCCUGGUGGGCUUAAUCCAAUACGGCACCAAAACCUGGAGCGAACUCGACUCCCAGAUGACUUCAGUGGAACGUGUGGUCGAAUACGCGGAACUGGAGCCCGAAAAAGACGAUGGUACCACGGUACCAUCGGACUUGUGGCCCAACAAUGGUCGCAUCCUCUUCGACGACGUGACCAUGAAGUACCCUCUAAGCAACACAACGGUACUCAAAAGCGUCACAUUCAACAUCAACCCAGGCGAGAAAAUCGGAAUUGUUGGCCGGACAGGCGCUGGCAAAAGCAGUCUAAUUUCGGUACUUUUCCGCCUGUUUCACUUCGAUGGUACUGUUUUGAUCGACGGUGUUGACACUAAAACGCUCCCGUUGUCGAUUUUGCGCUCAAAAAUCGCAAUAAUUCCACAAGAUCCGGUGCUUUUUUUGGGCUCUUUGCGCCAAAAUCUGGACCCGUUUGAGCAAUUCAGCGACAGUCAGUUGUGGUCGUCACUCGAAGAGGUUGAACUUAAGGAAAUGGUGACGAAUUGGGCGCAAGGUCUUGAAACUACGAUUUUGGAGGGCGGGGCUAAUGUUAGUGUGGGCCAGAGGCAACUUUUGUGCCUAGUCCGGGCCAUUUUGCGCAACUCAAAAAUCAUAGUUUUGGACGAAGCGACCGCAAAUGUUGACUUGAAAACCGACGAAGUUAUCCAGAAAGUUGUAAGGAGGAAGUUUCGGAAUUGUACGGUUCUGACCAUCGCCCAUCGGUUGAACACCAUCAUGGACUCGGACAAGAUCCUGGUGAUGGAUGCUGGGACGGUGGCCGAGUUUGGCCCACCUGCCCAACUCUUGAAGAACGAAAAUGGCUUGUUUUAUGGGUUUGUUCAAACGAGUGGGAAAAAAUAAUUAUUUAUUAAAAAAAAUUAUACAGUC